AUGACAAAAACAAGUUUAGGAUGGAUUUUAUUUAUGUUUGCUGUUUUAUUACCGGUUAUCAAUGGGUUAAAUCUUAAAAGUAUUGAUGGUGGUUCAGAUUGUGCUAGUUGUACUGUUAUUGUUGGUCUUGUUGAAAAAUUAUCUAUUGUCUAUAAUGAAAGUGUUAUAAGUUCUCUUGAACGACUUUGUAAUGCUUUGCCAACUGAUUUAAGAGUUUAUUGUAGAGUAGCUGUUGAUUUUUUAGGACCACUUAUUAUUGAUGGUUUUAUGAAAGGAGAUAGUCCUGAUAUUAUUUGUCAUGCAUUAAAAUUCUGUACAGAUGAUCCUGGUCAAGCUAAAUGUCGUCUUUAUCCAUCAAAAUCUCCAAUUCUAUUUGCUCAACGUGUUUCAAAUCUUCGUCGACGACAUCCACAACCUUCCUAUGACUUAUCACAAUCAAAAAUUUGUCAAGUUCCUGGUAUUAAAGAAAUUUGUAAAAUUCUCGAAAAUGCCUUUAAUAAUCAUAUACCAUCGGUUGAUUUUGAUCAAGAUAAAUUUGGUACAGAAGCAACACUUCGUGGUAGUUCAUGGCGUGGAAAAGAUUGUAAUGAUUUUUCAUCAGCAGUUCAUCCGGGUGCUCAUGUUAUUGAUGGUGAUGGUAUUACAGAUCAUAAUUGUAAUGGUAUAUAUGGUAUGAAUUCAGCAAGUGGAAAACCUUGGGAAGAUGAAUUUUGUAAUGAAACACAACGUAUUGGUAUAGCCGUAUUAGGUGAUUCAAUAUCUGCUCAUUUUCAUAUUCCUGAACAAUGGUUAGAUGCUAGUUUAUUUUCACCAGAAGCAUUUGAACAUGCCAUGUUCAUUCUUGAAAAUGAACUUGAUUGGCCUCAACUAUCAGCAAUUACAGGUCAUAUAAAUGUUAGUUGGCCUAAUAUUGAAGGUCAUAUAAAUGUUAGUUGGCCAAAUAUUGAAGGUCCAACUCGUUCAUUAUAUGCACGUUUAUUUGAUCUUGAUCAUUGUAAUCAUCGUGAUUAUCAAAAUAUUGCAGUUAAUGGAGCUGAUAGUAAAUCUAUUCUUGACAUAGCUAAAACAUUAAGACGUAAUCCAAAAAAUGAUGCACCAUUACUUGUUAUUUAUUCAUUAGUUGGUAAUGAUGUUUGUAAUGGUCAUCCAAAUACUCUUGAUGAUAUGACAACUGUUGAAGAAAUGCAUGCAAAUGUAUUAAAUGGUUUAACUUAUCUUGAUACAAUAUUACCAAAAGGUAGUCAUGUACUUACAACUGGUUUAGCUAAUGGUAGUGUUUUAUAUCAAUUAUUACAUGAUCGUAUUCAUCCAUUUGGUCGUGUUGGUACACCAUUUACAUAUAAAGAUAUUUAUACAUAUUUAUCUUGUUUACAAAUUUCACCAUGUAAUGGUUGGUUAACAUCAAAUGAUACAUUACGUGCUUUAACAACACAACGAGCAGUUGAACUUUCAGAUGUAGUACGUAAUGUAACAUUUACUUAUUUAGCUCAAAAUUUUGAUGUUGCUUAUAUGGAUUUUCCAUUUGAGCAAGUAUUUCAAGCUUGGAUAGCACAAGGUGGUGAACCAUGGCAAUUACUGGAAAGUGUCGAUGGUUUUCAUACGAAUCAGUAUGGUAAUGCAGGUCUUUCUGAUGCUUAUUGGUCAUGGCUGCAAAAAAAUAAACCACAAUGGUUACCACCACUCAAUCCACAUAAUGCAGACAUUGAACGUGUUUUUAAAGAUCAAGGUGGAUAUUAA